UUUCUUGGAAAUAAAUUCCACAGUGGAGUCCACAUGUCCACCAAGUGAUACAUGUAUGAAGAACCCAUCACACUGGGAGGCACAUGAGGGAAAGUGCUAUUAUAUCAACUUAAUGUUCAUGUCAUGGCAGGAGAGCAGAGAGGAAUGUAGAUGCCGUGGAGGAGACUUGGUAAAGAUUGAGAGCAGAGAGGAGCAGGUGUUUCUGGUGGAAAAAAUAAGAGAGAUAAUCAUGCAUUCUGAGGACAAAUUCUGGAUCGGACUGACAGACUCAAAGAAAGAAGGCAGCUGGUUUUGGGUAGAUGGGUCACCGUUGGAAGAAAGUUUGAGCUUUUGGUUUGGUAAUGAGCCCGACGACUGGACUGGAAAAAACAAAGCUGGAGAGGACUGUGUGAGGAUGGGAAAUAAAGGACCAGCUGCUGAUCUAAAGUUUUGGUUUGAUCAAUCCUGUGAUGUUCCUCACAAAAGUAUCUGUGAGAAAGCAGCAGGAACUGGAUCGAGUUCAUCUGUUUGUGUUUAGAGUUCAGUUUAUUUCAUCUGUUCUGCAGCAACU